AAAUAAAACCCUAAACCUCAACGCCUCCGCCGCCUCGUCAUCGGUACCCUCGGGAGAACGGCAACAGAGCUCACCUUCCUCUUCCACACUACCUGGGGAUCAAUUGAUCUAGGGUUUCUUUGCAUUAUAUCAGUGGGAAAAUGCGCCCCCCGAGCUCUGGCCGUGGAGGCUUUCGAGGGGGUUUCCGUGGCGGGAGGGGCGGAGGCGAUCGCGGUGGACGAGGUCGCGGUGGCUUUGGUUUUCGAGACGAAGGGCCGCCGUCGGAGGUUGUGGAGGUUUCAUCGUUUCUACAUGCCUGUGAGGGUGAUGCUGUUACUAAACUCACUAAUGAGAAGAUACCUUAUUUUAAUGCCCCGAUAUAUCUUCAAAACAAGACGCAGAUCGGAAAGGUCGACGAGAUCUUUGGGCCUAUUAACGAGUCGUACUUCUCAAUUAAGAUGAUGGAAGGGAUUAUAGCGACUUCAUAUUCAGCUGGAGAGAAGUUUUACAUUGACCCUGCUAAGCUGUUGCCCCUUGCUCGUUUUCUUCCACAGCCAAAGGGAGCAAAGCCUUCUGCUGGAAGAGGCGGCGGACGCGGUGGAGCAAGGGGUGGUGGGCGCUUCGGUGGUGGUCGCUUUGGUGGUGGGCGUGGGAGGGGUGGUCCUCGUGGCGGAGGUCGAGGAGGCCCUCCGAGGGGAGGCCGCGGCGGCGGGUUUAGAGGCCGUGGAAGAUCGUAG